ACAGCUCUAGCUCCUGUUACCUGACGUUUCGACGUGUUAUUAAUCGUUUAUUGAACAAUUGGCGAUUGAUAUUAAGUUAUCAACGCGUGUGAAGUAAAUUGAUAAAGUUAGGUAUAACGAGUCCUCAAUGGCAAACUAAAUUUUCACUUGAUGUGCUUGAAACUCAUUGAGAUUGAGUUUUUAACCUGUAACCUAAAAACCUGAGAGAUGUAAAUAUUGCAUUUUUGAGUGCUUUCCACCCACAAGAUCGGAUAUUGCUGCAUUGUAAAACCCUGGGCCGAACUCGACGCAAAUCAAAAUGACAACUCCAUCGGCUAACGUUCCUGUAUCCGUGAUACUUAAAAAUAAGAGCGAGUUUGAGGAUGAGCCAAGAAAAAAAAGUAGGGAAGAUUGGCGCAAAGCAAAAGAGCUAGAAGAGGCUCGAAAAGCAGGUACUGCGCCUGCGGCUGUUGACGAGGAAGGGAAAGAUAUCAAUCCACACAUUCCUCAGUACAUCAGCGCUACACCUUGGUAUUUUGGUGCAGAGGGCCCAACGCUCAAACAUCAAAGACCUCAACCUGAGAAACAAAGGCAGUUCAGCCACUUGGAUGAAUGGUACAAACGUGGUGUAGAUACGAGCAAAGUAGCAGUAAAGUAUAGAAAAGGAGCUUGCGAAAAUUGCGGAGCUGUUACUCAUAAGAAAAAGGAUUGUAUGGAAAGACCCCGAAAAAUUGGGGCUAAAUUUACUAACGCUAAUAUUGCGCCGGAUGAAUUUGUACAACCUGAAUUGUCUGUGGAUUACGAUGGUAAAAGAGACAGAUGGGCAGGAUAUGACCCAGCAGAACACCGAGCUAUUGUUGAGGAAUAUCAAAAGAUAGAAGAUGCCAAGAGACAAAUGCGUGCUGACAAAUUAAACGCAGAAGAAAAUGACGAGCAAGAUUCGGACAAAGAUGAAGACAAAUAUGUGGACGAAGUGGACAUGCCUGGUACAAAAGUUGACUCGAAACAACGAAUUACUGUACGAAAUUUGAGGAUCAGAGAAGAUACUGCUAAGUACUUGCGAAAUUUGGAUCCAAAUUCAGCGUAUUAUGAUCCCAAGACGAGGUCUAUGAGGGACAAUCCUUACGCAGGGACGGAUCAAGAGGUUGCUUACCGAGGGGAAAAUUAUGCACGCUUCUCUGGUGACACUCAGCAACAUGCUGUUGCACAGCUGUUUGCAUGGGAUGCUCAUGAACGCGGUGUAGAUGUUCAUCUUUUGGCCGAGCCCACCAAGCUUGAAUUACUUAAACAGGAAUACGAUAAAAAACGAGACGAACUUAAAGACGAGGCACGUGGUGGUGUGAUCAAGAGAUACGGAGGUGCCGAACAUCUCCAGGCACCACCUGCCGCUUUGCUACUUGCUCAGACUGAAGACUAUGUCGAAUACUCAAGAUAUGGAAAGGUAAUUAAAGGUCAAGAAAAGCAAGUGAUACGUUCAAAGUAUGAAGAAGAUGUUUUUCCAAAUAAUCAUACAUCGGUAUGGGGUUCCUACUGGGAGGGGGGCCAUUGGGGAUACAAGUGCUGUCAUUCAUUUGUCAAGAAUUCCUAUUGCACUGGUGAUGCUGGAAAACAAGUGACAGAUAUACCAACUCCGGGACCUAGCUUAAUAGAGGAACAGACUCACAAAGUAAGAGAGAACGAUACACUAGAGACCAAAGAAGAACAAACGGUAGUUGCCAAUCACGAUAUAAGAGAUGCUGAACAAAACAGCGAUACCUCAGUCAAUGACAAGGACUCAAGCGAUUCUUCGAAUGAGGAAGAGAAUUGGAAGUCAAAAACAGAACGUAAAUCAAAAUCCAAAAAGAAGAGUAAAAAACGAAAGCAAAGGGAAAAACGCAGGAAUAAAAAGAAGGCAGGUAAAGAUGAGGAUAAAUUGCAGGAAGCUUUAAGAAAAGAAGUGGAACAUCAGAAGGAAGCAGACAGACUGCUAAAAAUGGAUGAACGAAAACGGCCUUACAACAGCAUGUUCGAAGUUAAAGAACCAACUGCAGAGGAAAUUGAAGCUUUCCAGAUGAAACGAAAACGUGACGAGGAUCCUAUGGCACAUUUUCUGAAUAAAUAAUCUUGAUUUUUGAUACUGACAAAUCGAACUUUAUUUAUCGAUUGUUGAUCAGAAACUUCGAAAUCUGUACAAAGAACCUCCAUUAUUAAUGUAAAUCGUUCGUUAACGUAAACUGAUCGCGUUGUUAUAUUUAUUAAAAAAUAAUAUCUAUCAACAAUG